AUGGGGCAGAAAAGGCAGUUGCCACCAGCACCUUAUGCCGAAGAAGCGAAAUCUUACGUCAAGAACGCCAGUCACUUCAUCGAACGCAUAAGAAACGUAAGAGUGGACCCAGGACACCUGCUGGUGAGCUUCGAUGUUGUAUCCCUCUUCACAAAUAUACCAAUAGAAGAAGCACUCGACUUAAUAGUCCAGAAAUACCAUCUGAGAAAAGAUUUAGUGGACCUGAUAAAACACUGCCUCAAUAACACAUAUUUCAUCUAUAAAGACCAGAGAUACAAACAAAUAGAAGGAGCACCCAUGGGAUCACCACUGUCACCAGUAAUCGCCAACCUAUUUAUGGAGGAUCUGGAAGAACGAGCGAUCAAAUCCGCCGAAUAUAAACCAGAAAUGUGGCUACGAUACGUCGACGACACCUUCGUUAUUUGGACGCACGGCAAAGAAAAACUGAAUGGCUUCCUAACACAUCUCAACAGUAUACAUCACAAAAUUCAGUUCACCAUGGAAAUCGAAGAAAAUAACAAGUUGCCAUUUCUAGACGUAUCCAUAAUCAAAAAUAGAACCGGAGGUUUAGGCUACACGGUGUAUAGAAAACCCACACACACGGAUCGCUACCUGCAUGCCGAGUCCCAUCACCAUCCAUCACAACUAAAUUCUGUUUUGAAAACUCUAAUAACACGAUCAGAAAGGCUGACUGACAACGAACACAAAACAGAAGAAAUCGAAAAAGUUAAAAAAGCUCUUCAACAAAAUGGUUUCUCGGAUAACAACAUCAAGAGAGCAUUAAGACCACGCCACAAUAGAGAACGGACCGAAGAAGAUAAACCAGUUGCCAAAGCACUCCUUCCAUAUAUAAAAGGAACCACUGACAAAAUCAGCAAAGUACUGAAGAAACAUAAAAUUGAAACUGUCUUCAAUACCGACAGGAAAAUUGGCAACAUUCUUCCAUCAGCGAAGACGAAGAUUCCACUCGAAGGUCAAGGCGUUUACCAGAUUCCCUGUGGCGACUGCGAAAAAUCAUACAUAGGACAAACAAAUAGAAGAGUUCAAACACGAAGAGAGGAACACAGAAAUGCUGUAGAAAAGAAUCAGGUUGAAAAACUCUAUCGUUUUGAGAUGGAACAUAAGGAGUUAUUUGUGCCAUAG